GUUUAAUGCACUAUUCAGUAAAAUGCAGCACGUCAUGUCAAUAGAAUUAAUACAGUACUCGUAGUUAUGCUAACUCGUAAGUUAUUUUAAUUAAGACUUUCUUACUACAAGUAUCUUUGUAGUUUGUACCACAAAAUGACUUAGCGACUUGAUAGUGAUGGUUCGAAGGAGCAGCUAAUCCGAUACUGGGAAUACAGUAAUAAGGUAUCUGCUUACAAUACUCCAAGUUUUUAUUGCCCCGAUGUCCGUUGCUGGUGCCACGGCGGACGAUCAACCGCGCCGUUCCACUGACGUAGGAUCGAUCAGUUCCGUAACCUCGAAGCCUCUUCGCGCCCCUCCUUUGCUGAUUCCGGCUCAGUCGCGGGCGGUGCACUUGCCAAAAGGUUUCAGGCGUCUGCUGGAUGAUUUUUCCCGUGAAGUACUAAGGCAGCGUCCUUGUAAUAUUUACCAGUUUGGAGCGGAUUAUUUCGCAUGUUUACUGUGCAGACGCAAACAAGGUUUAUCCAUAUUUUACGAGCCCAAUAUCUCAUACAUUCGUGCUCAGCUGACAGAAGGAAAUCGCAUUGUCGUACCAACAAUCGAUCAGAAUCUGAAGGGUACUCAGACUUCCGGAAGUUAUCAUUAUUUCGUACCGGAUUCAGACUUGGAAGAUAUGGAGAAAUCAGAUUACGGAUUCGGUUUGCGAGUAUCGGAAGAUCUACGAGAUGCGCCGAUACCGGUGCCGUCUGGACCUUUGCCGGUCCUGUAAACGGUUUACGAUCUACUGGUCAGCACUAAUGAUGUGAUUCUUACAUUCAGCUGAAUGGUCCCCCAUUUCCGUUGCUGUUCUCCGCCGGAAACCGAUGGCCGGACGUUUGCAGAGAAUGGGACGUGUCGAUCCGGUAGGCGCGUCGGUCGCCAGUGCACCACGUCCGCGACCGUCGGCAUUGAACACUAAGACGCGAUUCGUGUCCGGCAUC